CUAGUCUAUGCCGUUUGUGAUGACAUUUGCAAGUCUCUUGUCUAUGGAACAUUUCGAGUUGUCUUCUGGCGAGAAAACGUCUGUUUUUGCCAAUAUUUUGUAAAAUAUUUACGGCCAUGUGUGGUUAUAUUGCCGCGACCGACGCCUAUUAUAGUGAUGCUACCCACCACUGCAAAUAGUAAAGCGAAAACCGUGAAGGGAUCGGACAUCUCUCACGCUUCAGAUCGCGAAGAAAUCGGUCAAGAAAACACUACGGAUGAUAAGGUCAGAGGUUAUGUUAGUUCAUACGAUGCAACCUCGUCAUUCGGAGGGCCGCACAAGGAUGGCCGGUUCCGGCGGGGCGGGCGGGUCACGGAGUUCCGGCACUCCCGCGGGUCGCGCGGCGGCCGCGGGCGCGGGGGCGCCUUCCCGUCUCGAUCCGAGCGAGAGCCCGCCGAAAAUUCCUUGUACCACGAACCGCUAGCCCACCCGAACACCGACACUUGGUCGCAAGGAAACUCCACGAAUAAAUUCUACGAGCGGCCCGAGCUGGCCGUGAGCCUGCCGGAGGACCCUCGCAUCUCCAAGCUGCUGCGGCGGCUGUGCGCCGAGCUGCACGUGGACAAGUCGCUGCAGCUCUGCGCCAAGCUGCAGGACGCCGUCAUGCUGCCCGAGAACGCGCGCUACAUCCGCCGCUCCUAUGACAUCCUGGUAGAAUCCCUCCUCGAUGUUCUAUACGAAGCCCCUGGACCAGAGACGAAGGAAGCCGCUGCGGUUGUGCUUGGCCGGAUUGGCUAUGUCAUGGGCCUUGACUUCUGCAAACAUCUUGAAUGGAUUGCAUCUACGUAUUCAGUGCACAACUCAUCUAUAAAACAUCUCCUGAUAUUGUCGUUUACUGAGACAUUCCAACUGGACUAUCAAACACCAAACCUGAGUGAAUUUGCAGAGAUAACACUGGACCGUCUACAAGUGAUUAUUGAAGGAACUGAUUCUGCUGAUGUGUUCAUGGCUGCCAUUAAUGCUAUGAUAGUUAUAUCCAACUCUUACCCAGAGCAUUUUGCGAACCACUUUGUGGACACAGUGGACAUACUGGUUGGCUGGCACGUGGACAAUGUGCAGCCGAAGAAGAUCAAGGAAUUUGCUCUACAAUCUUUAUUCAAGCUGAGCCGCCACUGGCAGGCCGAUGUUGGGUUCUCGGUGAACUUGUUGAACCAGUUCAUUGAAGACAUGGUGGUCUACUCAAAUGACCUAGAUGGUGAACAGGAAGAUAAAGAUGAAGUGAAUACCCCCGAGGAAUGCACUCAGAAGAUAACAUCUUUUCUCAAUGUAUUCAACACAGUGGUAAAAAGUCUGGGGAACCUCCUAAAUCCCAAUGUAUCCCAGGCUGUGUCAUGGACAUUUCUUACAGAAGCCAUGACUAAGAUCUUACAUGUUUUGACAAAAACCCUUGAUGAGGAAUCAGAAACAGAUUUAAUAUUGGCGGGAAAUGAAUGUAUUGUUCUGUUGCUGGAUUACCUACAAACAAAGUCCACUUCAAGUUUGCCAACUAUCUUUUCUCUAUUGUGCCUGGAAGUUAAUCACUAUCUGAAAAUAAGUGACCAAGUUUGCUUGAGCAUUAUCAGCCUAAUUAAUAAGAUAAUAAAGGAGGUAUCAUCAAAUCUGCCUAUUGAAUUUAUUGUGCAAACUAUUGGACCUAACAGCUCAUUGCGCAACCUAAGAUAUUCAGAAAGCCUGCAAGUACUGAAUGGAAUAGCUUCAGUCUACAGCAACUUAUUGAAUUUGAAGAAUAUCCCACUGCUACAAGAAACAUACAAAUAUGUUCUCACAGAUAUUCAAAACUCCUUUGAAGCAAUCAUGCCAGAUGUCUCCAUAAUACCAGCAGAAUACACAGAGGAGAUCAGCCCAGAUGACGGUGAGAAAAACAUAAUAUUCUAUCUACAGUGCCUAUCUGAUCUUGCAAAUGCCAGUAACUCCAUCAUCGGCAUGUGGGCUCUGCAGCCCAGCAUUCUGGAACUGCUGGCCAUCAAGAUGUGCCCUCACAAGAGUAUGCUGAUUCAGUUGAGACCAGCCCUUCACUAUGCCAUACUUUAUCUACUGCAUUCACAUUGCAAGAAGAAUAACAACUUCAUAGCCUCCAGUGACUUGGUGACCAAUACACAACAGAGGGCCAAUGAUAUCUUUGGAUUAUCUAAUCUGAGUCUAGGUGAUGUGUCAAGCUCAAGCCCAACUUCAGGUCACCUUGGGAUAAUCUUGAAUAUCUUGAGCAGAAUAUUAGAAAAGAAUGCCCCCAAUGAAACGGUACAACUGAUGCUAAAUUGGAUAGGUGAAAUAUUCAACCAACUGGACAAAUAUUUGCCUAUAAUAAGUAUGUCUAAAAAUUUCCUCGUUUUGGUGACCAAUAUGCUCUCACUUGCCAACAGUUUUGAAGAUGAUAUUGUUACACUGGUUAUGAAGAAUAUACAGAUACUGCUGAAAAAUAAGAGACUGACAUGGAACGUCAUAAUUUUGAAGAAAGUAGCAGUGUUGUGUUUACUACACAUUGAUAACAACAAUAAAGUGCUCUCCCGAUCAUGCCUAGAAGUGUUGUUUGAGCUGCCUUGGGAUAUUGUUCAACUUGAACUGGACAAACAAACCAUCAAAGUAUUUACAACCCGUAAGAUGACCCUUAGCACACUGAAUAGUGAUACAAAAGUAAAUUCAUUUAAAGAAUUUCUGAUGCGCGGCUCGUUCGGAGGACUAUCAAGCACGCAUUUCAAAAUGAUUAUGAACUGCCUAUUACAAGCAGUAUUUAAUGACAAGACCUUUUUGACUAACGCAUUUUUGACGACAUGGCCAUUACAGGCCACAGAUAUGGACGAAAACAACCUCAUGUUUUUUAGACAGUGCGCAACCAAUUUCACAUCAACUUGUGUUGGAUGGGCGCUCUCAGAACUGGCCCAGACCUGCGUCACAUUAAAGCUACGGACGACUUUAGGGAAGCCACAGGAGACAUUCAUGAAGAUUGAGGGAGCACUUAAAGGUGUUGCUCGGGAGACUUCAUCACAUGAGACAAAAUACGUUGCAAACGGCCAGCUGUCGCUGAUGCACGUCGUGGUCGUCGAGCAAGUGCGCAGCCGCUGGAUCACUGAAUUUAUGAUGUUCUUGGAGAAGUACAUUUACAACGCAGCAGACGGGACCGCGACAGUGCUGCCACCGGUCGUGAAGCCGGUGCGGACCUUCUUCCACACAAACUGGCCGACCUGUCGCGACUGGUUCGCUAGAGUACGCCCCGCGGCGCUCGCCGUCAGCCUCUACUCCGGCCAUGUCGGAGCCGCCAUCUACCACGCUGGCCUGAUACUAGAAUUGGCUGCUAACUCAUCGUCCAACAUCGACAUUGAAGCUAUAACCAUGAGUAUCGCAAGGUCACUAAUAAAGAUUAGAGAGCCUGAAGUCAUCCACGGUCUUUACAUAUGGAUUAAACAGACGUUCGACAAGAAAUUCCUGUGGUUGAAAGCCGCAGCAGAACAGGCUAACUCGAGACAUGAGGUGGCCAUUGAUUUCUAUAAGAAGUUACAUGGAAUGGCUACUAAAGAGGAACAGAAUGAUGCUGGUGAUAGUCCUCAGUUGGACUCGAGAAGUAAUAAGUUCAUUUGUGAUCAAAUAAUGGACAGUUACAAACAUAUCCAAAGCUGGGAAGACAUGCAAGAAUGGAAGGAGCUUGAACAAAACUCAAAUAAUUCACAAUGGGACUCAUUCACAGGUUUGAGACAGUUCGAUGAUGGUGUAGAAAUGCCCGAAGAAUUGAGUAAUUGGGAUGUUCUUGAUAUCGGCGCCAAAGAAAUCCCCAAAAAUGCAUGUUCAUACCAAGGAUUAAUAAAUAAGAUUGAAUCGACUCUUACUUGCACAGCUGUGAACAUGUAUUACAAUGACACUAUCGAUAAAUACGAAGAAAUAUUAUCAACUUGUGAUACACUACUAAAUUCUAGCUUGCAGGAGUUUUCGCGCUCAAAUGCAGUACAUUUCCUUAAAGAAAUUGCGAUUCUUCAAUUGGCUAACCAUGGUUUAAAGAAUAUGGUAAAGAACGGAAAAAUUGUUGCCAACCCAUUCAAACCAUCAACCAUUAAAGAACACAAAUAUGACACCGAAUUGGAAAACUUGACGAAAAUACUGUGGUGGAAUCAAUACUUCACAAAAUUGAAUAUGAGCGAAGAAAACAUCUUUUACACCGAAUGCUUACGACUUGACGCAAUAAAGAUAGCCAGAAAGAAUGCAAACACAUCAAUGGCAAAACGAGAACUUUUAAAGCAUUUCAAAAAUAAUUCAUCAUUCCAAAUGAACCUUGGGAAUGUUACAAGCCUGGACGAGUUGAGUGAGGUGUUAUUAAUGUCCACGAACAUAUAUGACGUCGAUAUAUGGACACUGAACAAUGCAACUGCACUCGUUGAACUUUGCAAAUUAACGUAUGAAAAAGAGGAGACCAAACCUCGUGCUGUAAACCUAUGCGCAAGCAUUUCUCUCGGAUUUUCUCAGAGAUUAGCCAUGAGUGAACAAAGCUACGAAUUGAGAGAGAAAGGAACUAGAAUGCUGCUCACUCUGUCCAAGUGGGUUCAAAAUGGAAACGAAAAAGCUAUGGUCGGCAAUUUGGAGUCGCCUCUAAACAAAUUGAUUGCAGCGCUGCCUGAAAUAGGCCUCGUUGAUAACAACAUAUCUGAAAACGUAAUACCGAUAUCGGAUUCAGCUGUUGGAAAACUGCUGCAGUUCAGUGUCAACCAAAGUCCAGGACUAGCCAAAGCUUGGGCUAACUUUGCGGCAUGGUGCUUCAGAUGGGGGAGAAAGAUGGUCGAAUACAGCUCAAAAACCGGUGAGCAACUAACUGACAAUGACAAAGUACAGAUUGAGAGUGUGAUGAUCGGUUGUUCACCACAAGAUUUCGAAGCCGUUUGUGAAAUACUAACGAAAACAAAAGCGACAUGUGACGAUGAAGAUAUAGAUUGGAAUGAAAUCAAUACCUCUGAAAUGAUAGAGAGCCAGCUGCGUACAGUUCCAUCACUGAGCAAUGCCUUCCCGGAACACUUGGCACUUCUGGUAGACAUAUGGCGACAGGCACAGAAAAGAGUAUUUUCCUACUUCGAACUAUCUGCGGAUGCCUAUUUCAAGUUCCUCCAACUGAUAUGUGCAUCAGAUUACAUCAAUCACAGUGGAGAAAAUGCAGUUGUGAGUGCCACUUUGAGAUUGUUACGCUUGAUUGUGAAACAUGCUAUGGAGCUACAAACUGUGCUAGAAUCUGGGCUGGCUAAUACACCUACUCAGCCGUGGAAAGUUAUCAUUCCUCAACUGUUUUCAAGACUAAAUCACCCGGAAACAUACGUACGAAAAUGCGUUUCAGAUUUACUUUGUCGCUUGGCUGAAGAUACUCCUCAUCUAAUUACAUUCCCCGCCGUCGUGGGUGCUGUCGAGAAUGAAGAGAAUGAUAUAACUGAACUAAGUGCAGCCAGGACAUUCCUUUCGAAUGAAGCAGAAGAUACUGGCCAAGAUAUAUUUGAUAUUGAUGACGCAAAUAGCGAUAAACCAGUAAAUAACGAAUUGAAUUCCUGUUUCCUGGACAUGGUCGAAACACUAGCAAAACAAGCACCAACAACCAUUCUGCAAGUUAAACUGCUUGUGAAAGAAUUGCACCGCAUUAAUUUGCUAUGGGAUGAGCUUUGGCUUGGCACACUGGUCCAACAUCACUCAGAUUUUACGAAGAAGCUUUCUCAAAUGGAGUCAGAAAUAACAAAAGUUAAGAAUAAUGCGCAUCUCAGCGCUGAAGAAAAAGAAAAAUUGAUUAAAGAAAAGAAUCGUAUACUUAUGGAGCCAAUAGUUUUUGUUCUUGAACAACUUAAUCAUGUGACAUCCGCAAAGCCAGAAACUCCACACGAGGUAUCAUUCCAAACGAAAUUCCAAGCAUUAAUAGAUGAGGUCAUUGACAAGUUAAAGAAUCCAGCAAACCCUGAGAAACCACAAGAAUCUUGGGCACCCCUCAAGCAGUUACAAGUAAAACUACAACAAAAGGUCAAUAAGAGAACAUCAUACAUACUGCGAAUGUCUGACAUCAGUCCGAUUCUGGCUGAACUAAAGAAUACAGUAAUAACAAUGCCAGGAGUGCAUACCAACCAAAGAACCGUAAGGGUGACGAUAAAAUCAGUAGAGAACAACGUCGCUAUACUGCCAACAAAGACGCGGCCAAAGAAACUAGUAUUCUACGGUUCAAACGGCAAGCCUUACACAUACCUCUUCAAAGGGUUAGAAGAUCUACACUUAGAUGAGAGGAUUAUGCAACUGCUAUCAAUCACGAACACCAUGAUGGCACGUGACUCGGAAAACAACGACAAUCAAACAUACAGAGCUCGCCAUUACUCUGUCAUACCACUGGGUCCUCGGUCUGGCCUCAUCAGCUGGGUCGACAACGUGACUCCGCUAUUCGCUCUGUACAAGCGCUGGCAGAACCGAGAGGCCGCCAUGCUGUCGGCCAAGACAAACAAGACAGUGAACGUCCCGCGCCCAUCUGAGCUAUUCUACAACAAGCUGAACCCUCUGCUGCAAGAAGCGGGCAUUCCGACGGAAAACAGAAAAGAAUGGCCGGUGGCGACGCUGAAGCAAGUUCUGAAAGAGUUAUCAGAAGAAACGCCAAAAGAUUUAUUAUCUCGGGAGUUAUGGUGCAGUAGUGUGACUCCAGAGCAGUGGUGGCAGAUGACGCGUCGCUACAGUUACUCAGUCGCCGUGAUGAGCACGAUAGGCUACAUAAUAGGGCUCGGUGAUAGACACUUGGACAAUGUGCUAGUGGACUUGACGUCUGGUGAAGUGGUGCACAUAGACUACAACGUGUGCUUCGAGAAGGGCAAGACGCUGCGUGUUCCUGAGAAGGUGCCGUUCCGGAUGACGCCCAACCUGGUGGCGGCACUCGGGGUUACUGGAGUUGAGGGCAUAUUCCGCCUAGCCUGCGAGCACGUCCUACGCUCCAUGCGGCGCGGGCGCGAGACCCUGCUGACCCUGCUUGAAGCCUUCAUCUACGACCCGCUGGUGGAGUGGGGCGGCGGCGGGGCGCGGGGGCGGCGCGGGGGGCGCCGGGCGCGGGCGGCCCUCGCCAUGCUGGCUGUCAGGGGGCUGGAGGUGCGCUGGAGCCUGCAGGACGCCACGUGAGUA